UGUUCACACUGUGUUUUUCUGAUUUUUCUGCAGAAGACUAAUAAACGUAUUACUAAUAUCUAAUUAUAAGACUGAUCUCGCAUUUGGUUUUGGCGUUUUGGUUGGCGGACAUGAUGAAUGUGGAAUAUGCUGCAUGUGCAUAUGUUGGCUUUUAUCAAGCAGUUUUCAAUUUGAAAGAUAAGUAAACUAUACCAAAAUCAGAACAUGGCUUUGCAGUAUGUUUACAUAUCGUUAUUGUGAAGGUUGCUUGCUAACAUUCCCAGCUUCAACAAGUACUAUGCCAAUCAGGGUGGUCAAUGGGGACAACAGCUGCUCUGGAAGAGUUGAGAUCUACCAUAGUGGUAGGUGGGGAACCGUUUGUGAUGAUUCCUGGGACAUGAAUGAUGCUGAAGUGGUGUGCAGGCAGCUGGGGUGUGGAAAAGCACUCCGUGCCCCUCCAAAAGCCUUCUUUGGUCAGGGAAGUGGGAAGACCUGGCUGGAUGAUGUUAGGUGCUCUGGUAGUGAGAGCUCUAUCACACAGUGCAAACACAGAGGAUUUGGAAUUGAAGAUUGUGAUGCCAGUGAAGAUGCAGGAGUGGUCUGUGUAGGGAAUAUGAAGACGCCAUCACUUGCCCUCCUUACUACAAACGCAGCUCUUUUACCUGGGAAGUCGGCAGAGUUCAGAUGUGCCAUAACAUCACUUAGGUUGGUGACUGCAAAUGUCCGACUGUAUAGAAAUGGAAUACAUAUGCAGACCCAGACAACAGACCAGAACACGAUGACUUUCAGUCUUUCUAGUCUGGCUUCCUCAGACCGGGGCAGCUACACCUGUGAUUACUAUUACCAGAAGGCACCCAAUGCCAUCUCCUCCAAGAGCAAUGCGAUAACAAUUACAAUUGUUUCUCUCGUUAGGCCCCAGAUAUCCGCACCUACAGGAGAAGUUACCUGGGGUCAAACAUUAGGCAUUAUCUGCUCCAUCUCAACACAGCACACAGGAGGAUCAUUUACUCUGAAAAAAGUCUCAGGAUCAUUUACAGAAAGGAAGAUUACCAGUGGAAACUCUGUCACCUUCACCAUUCAUCACGCAGACUUUUCUCAUGAAGGUUCAUACUACUGUCAGUAUCAGACAACCGUCUCAAACCGAGAAUUCACCUCGCCUCAAAGCAACACCAUUAGUGUUUCUGUAGUAGUUCCUCUCGUUACGCCCCAGAUAUCCACACCUACAAGAGAAGUUACCUGGGGUCAAACAUUAGGCAUUAUCUGCUCCAUCUCAACACAGCACACAGGAGGAUCAUUCACUCUGAGAAAAGUCUCAAGAUCUUUUACAGAAAGGAAGAUUACCAGUGGAAACUCUGUCACCUUCACCAUUCAUCACGCAGACUUUUCUCAUGAGGGUUCAUACUACUGUCAGUAUCAGACAACCGUCUCAACCAGAGAAUUCACCUCGCCUCAAAGCAACACCAUUAGUGUUUCUGUAGUAGUGAGCCUGCAUGUACCUCGUAUCAACUGCACUACUCCAGAGGGAGGGCUGUCCUGGGGACCUUCAGGGCUGGAGAUAACUAAGGGCUAUAGCUUCUCUAUCAACUGUUCCACUGAACCCGAGUUCCCUGGUGGAGUUUUCCAUCUGAGUUUCUCUGGAUCCAACAGCACCAUGACUCAGCCUGCUACCAACCACUCUGCCGCCUUCUACUUUCCAGCUGCAUAUUAUUCCCACCAGGGUAACUACAGCUGUGUCUAUCAUGUGGAUGUAUUAUCUCGUCGCUUCUACUCCACAGAGACAGAGAAGCUAUCGGUCACCAUCAGAGAAAUGAUGGUGCCUUUCAUUGCUGCUAGAGUGACAGGUUGUGUAGUAGUAUUGCUAUUGUUGUUUGGCUUGGUCUGGCUCGGAGAAAACAGGCAGACAACUUGGAAGCACACUAGAGGACAAUCUAAGUUGAACACAUAUGGGAACACCACAUUAGAUCAGAAUGAACAGAAGAGAGGUGAGGACGAUGUCUAUGAAAAUGUAGAAAUGGGAGAUCAAGAUGACUGUCAAGAUGAAGACCAGGAUGACUAUGGAAAUGUAUUGGACUAUAUGGAAGAGCUUGACACAGGAUCAGGUUGAGAAUAUUUAUUGAUUUAAACAUGGAUGAUGACCUAUUGGAGUUUUUACUGGUGGCUUCAUAGUGCCAGAAACAAAGAACCUUUAUCCUAUCAAAAAAUAUAUUGCAAUUCAGAAAAAAAUACGAAAAAAUAAGCAACAAUUUGAAAACGACAGCUUUAUAAAUCAAAUGCAAGCAUUUUUUUUUUUUUUUUUAUAUAUAUAUAUAUAUUUUCAGAUAUUCUAAUUGUAAGCUUAAAUUGAUAUUAAGACUUGUUUGAAGAUAUUCUUAUUUGCUCUGUGUUUCUUGAAAACUUGUAUGUGUUUAGCACAACAGCCUCUUUAACCCUUUGAUACACACACUAUGCAAACCCUUUCUCUACAACACAACAGCCCCUUUAACCCUUUGAUACACAGGCUAUGCAAACCCCUUCUCUACAACACAACAGCCUCUUUAAUGUCAUUUAUCAGUAAUGCAAAAUUGUUCUAAUUUCGCACCUUCUCAUGUUUUGUGAACUUUAAAGUAAAGAUGAAGUCAGUUCCUGAAAUUUCAAGUGUGUGGUUAGAAUAUGCAUUUUAAAAAUAAUAUACUUAUAAUAAUAUACUGUGCAUUUUUAUUCAACUUUUGUUAAGGUAUAGAGUUCUUGCUUGUGUGGAAUAUUUUUUUUUAUUUCUGUAAACUUAUGUUGUGUGUACAAUACAUCUAACAUAUAUUCAUGGCCAGUCCCUUUGCACCAGUGCUUCUUGAGCCUUUAUGUAGGCGACUCCUUCUGUUAAAUGCUGUCUCAGCUAGUGUGGCUUUUCUGGAACUCACACGAUCCUUCACCUCUGCAAUCAACAUGUUCUGUACCAUUUCCUGUAAUAUUAAAUGUAUAAAAGAGUUAUUUACAUUAGUUUUAGUAUCAGGCAACAUUUUAAGCUCAA